AUGGCCCUGGUGGCGGCACAGCUGCUACCUGAUGGCGUCCUCGCCAGCGUCCUCCGGCAUCUCGCGCCGCGCAGCCUCGCCGCAUCUCGCUGUGUCUGCAAAAGCUGGCGUGCCGUCGUCGACGACUGGCGCCUGCUGCGGACGGAUCUCCUACCGCUAUCCCUCUCCGGGAUCUUCUUCAUGGAGGAGAUCUUUCCGGCCCUCCCGAAAUUCUUCGCGAGCCCGUCGAUAGAUGGCAAGAUCGCAGCCAGGCUCGACUACCUGGACACCAAAUUUGAGGCCCCCUGCGCCGGGUUGGAGGAUUUCGCCGACGACAUGUGCCUUGCUUUCGACCCCACUGUGUCGCCCCAUUACGAGGUCACCGAGGCCAGGAGUCCCGAAGCUCCCCGGACGGCGGUUCCAGCCGACCCCAUCUCCAGUAGUACCGCCUUCAACAUCACACUGCACGCCGUCAACCGGCGCCCCGGUGACAGGUGCUACCGCCACGGCGAGGCGGUCGUGCUCUACUCCGGCCUCACCGUCGCGUGGGGCCGCACGCCGCGCUUCUGCGUGGGCGCGAUGGAUGCACGGGACGUGACCGUCGUGGCGUGGGCCGACGACGGCGUCGAGCUGCCUACGUUGCUCAGAGACAAGAUGGCGGCGGAGCGGCGCGCCGGCUCGGUGGAGCUCGAGGUCGAUGUGCGGCUGUUCCGGGGCGACGACGGCUCGGCCAGACCGACGUGGAUGCAGUGCAAGGUGACGACGGGUGGGCAGAAGCUGCCGGACGGGGUUCCAUGCACCGUGAGGCCGGUGCUCAGCUGCCCCAGGUACAUCAUCUCCACGAUCUGCGAAUUCGCUCUCUUGAUCUGGUUGUUCGGGACGGCCUACUGCUACUUGACCUACGACUUGCCACGCGAGUUCGCCGUCCACUUGGCGCCGAUCCUGAGCAACGGCAGCGCGGGGGCUCCGGCCGCGGCGACGUCCGUCCCCCGGGCCUUCGACGUCGUCCUGCACGCCGGCAACCGCCGUGCCACGGAGAGGUGCUACAACCACGGGGAGGGGGCGGUGACGUACGGCGGCUUCACCGUUGCGUCGGGCCGCGCGCCCGACUUCUGCGUGCCGUGGAAGGGGGCGCGCGAGGUGCCGUUCAGGCUGGCGUGGGACUGGGACGACGGCGCUGGCCUGCCCGAGCACCUGCGUGGCCGCAUCGCGGCGGCCGAGAAGGUCGGCGCCGUGGAGUUCGAGGUCCAGGUGAGGCUCCUCCGGGGAGGCGACGCCCGCUCCGGCACGGGCACGCCGACGUGGAUGUGGUGCAAGGCGAGGAUCGGUGGAGCGCCUGGCGCCGUCGCGCCCUGGCCCUGCACCGUGUUCGCUCCGCAGAACUGGUUUUCGCCCUUGGCCUAG